AUGGCCGCACCGAGUAGGCACUCGGCGAUGCUGUCCGUGAGCAACAGCACAGGCACGCCGCAGUCCGGAUCAAGCGACAAGACACAGAUCCCGCAGCAGUCCUCAACGCCGCAACCAAUACAAGGUCUUCGAGUCCCGUCAAAUCGCAAGACCAUCUACGACCGACACCUGAACCGCAGCCGCAAUGCGGAGCUCAGCCGGGCGAGUUUCGCGUAUCUCUUUGCGGAGAUGGUCACAUAUGCCCAGCGCCGGGUAACAGGGAUCCAAGAUCUGGAGAAACGAUUGAACGAACAAGGAUACCCUCUGGGCCUGCGCCUCCUCGACCUCCUCUUCUAUCGUACAACAACCACCUCCUCCUCCGCCCUCUCUAGCUCCUCGACUUCUUCCUCCCCGCCGAACCGGCCCCUCCGCAUCCUCACCCUGCUACACCUCAUCCACGGCCCGCUCUGGCGCCUGCUCUUCGGCCGCUCGGCCGACGCCCUAGAGCACUCCGUUUCCCCCGACACGCCGAACGAAUACAUGAUCACGGACAACGAUCCACUCGUGAAUACGUAUAUCAGCGUGCCGCGCGAGAUGAACCAGCUCAACUGCGCGGCAUUUGUGGCAGGCAUUAUUGAAGGCGUAUGUGAUGGGUGUGGAUUCGAGGCCAAGGUUUCGGCUCAUAACCAGCCGACCGAAAUGUGGCCGAGCCGAACGGUGUUCUUGCUAGGGUUUGGGGAGAGUGUGAUGGAGAGGGAGAAGGUGCUGGAGAGGGCUGGGAUCAAAUAA